AUGGAGGCCUUGAGAUGCCAGCCUCGAGAGCUUCCCACCCUUUUCCCACCCCUCGAUUCUCCACCCCCAUUUUACAAGGAGUCACCAGCCUCCCCACAGUCUCCACUGCCCUGGAAGAAAUAUGGCGAGGCAAGUUGCGCGGCCCGGCUGCGGCAGAUUUUCCCGGACACGAGCUUGCAGCGCCCGACGCGGCCGCUGGGUGGCGCCGCGCGGGACGCCGAGCGUGGGAAGCGCGGGCGCGCGGGCAGGCUGAGCUCACACGCCCGGGAAGCGGCCGCCGCGGAGCCGGCGUCCGCAGCGGCUGCGCAUCUCGGGCCUGCAGCGGGGCGCUUGGCGGGCGGGGCCGGGGGGGAGCCGGUUUGCGCAGUACCCCCGGAGGGAGGAAGGUCGCCGAGAGAAACAGCAAGUGACAGAGCAGAGGAACGGCUGACCCAGCCAAUCCUGGAGCUGGUGCUGCAGCACUUGUUCCCCAAACAAGUGCUCCAACAUUCUGGCAGAGCUGUUGUUGCUGUGCUGCUUUUGGACAAAGAACUGAGGCCAAUGUCAAAUCCUAGCCUGAGAAAAAUGGCUGUCCAGUGGUCCCAGGGAGUUUCAGAGAGCUGAACCCUCCAAAAGAGUGUAAUUCCAACACCUACCUUCAGUAAGUAAACCACAGGACUGCCUCCCACCUGCAAAGAUUCUGGUCAGCACCCCCUCCCAGUGCAGAGGAAGUAUUCACAUCAUCAAAGGUUUUGUGGAACCUUACUUUUGGUAUGGUUUCAUAUUGUGAAAACAAUAUGAAAACGUAUCCCAAAUAUUAACUGUUAUGUUUUAGACAGUCCCCAGCUCCUCUCCCACCCCUGAAUGAGAGCUUUGACCCUGGAAGGUUUGUCCCUGCUCCUGGCAAGGCUGGCACUUUGCUGAAAGCUCGGACCUGCGCCCAGGCCAUGCACAGUGGCCCCGGUCUCUUUCCUCCUCUGUCCUAGGCUGCAGGUACGGACAUGCCCCUGCUUGGGGGAUAAGACAGUAUGGAAAUGAAAGUUUAAGUCAGAAGUGUUUGGGGAAUCCCCUGCCCCACUUGUGUUUAUGAUUCCUGCUGUCUAGAUCUGACUCAGUUAAGCAGAGCAGAAUUUUGUUCUGAGGCAGGAAAGAGACUCCAUUUUUAAGUCACAUGGUGCUAAACCCAUGUGGUCACACAGAGGUCAGCACAGCCCCAUAAGUCAUCAGAGGCCGAGGUUCUUCAUACCCUAGAGACAUCUCCUCCUGCCCACAAGAGCAGCAGCAGCAUCUGAGGGCACCAGCCUGUGCCUGGAGGGAGUUUGGCCAAGACCCCCCAAUCCCAUCCACAUCUGGCCUGUGACACAGGCUACAGGUUCCACUGUUGAGGAAUGGAGUAAUGUUCUCCUCAAGUCCCUCUCACGUGGCCCAACCAUACUCUAUCUCUCUGGAGAUUAUUUCCAUCCAUUGGCAGGGCCAAGAGCAGCCAGCCAAGAGGCACGUUGGGUUACUCCCUCAGUCCCAAGAAGACUUUGUCCCCCUGUAUUUUAGGCAGCAGGAGCUGUGACCAGUGGUUAGCAGAGUGGCCAUGUUCACUCAGCCGCAGUCCAUGGUCAGGAUAGCAGGUGCCAGUGCCAUUGCCAGUCUGGGUUUUGCUUAUGGCUGAGUUGUGAGCCCUCUGGGGUGGGAGUUUAGAUUUAAUGAUUAGCAGCCUAAGACAAGGUAGAUGUUUUGGCCUGUUUCACUUUCCCAGGAGGUGAUGGGAGCCAGCUUGGGCAGGACGUUUUGGAGCCUGGAUUUCUGGCCUGAGAGACAGACUGUGUCUGCCCAGGAAAAAGCAUCUACUUACAAACAAAGCAUCCUAGUCACAAUAUCUGCCAUUGCAGGUCUGACCUUCCCCCAUGCAAACAUGCCCCUCUGUAUUCAGCCCUUGGGCGUAUUUCACACGGGAGUCCCUGUUGGUUCUGGGGUUCACUUCCAUUUGUGCUGUGAAUUCAGCACUCAACUUGGCCUUUGCUUGUCUUCCUUUACCCUGUGGGCUCGGGGAGCCCCACGUUCUUGGCCAGCGUCUGCCAGGCCACUCACUCUCUGCCGCCUGGCUCUGGCUCCCCGUCUGUGGCGGCAUUCUGAGUGUGUGUCUGCAUUUCACCUCUGCCAGCACCUACCCUCCAGCACAGGCUGUCCCCAGCCCUUGCCUCUCGGAUUUUCACUUGGCACCAGGCACUGCAUUGUGUCCUUGGAGUGUUCGUUGUCACUGCUGGGCCUUGUUUUCCUUCAGCUCAGUGACUCGGGUGGAAGUGCCACGGUCUCUUGGGUUGGGGGAAAGCUCCUCAGUGUCUCUGGGGUAGUUCUUCCAUGAGACUGGCACAGCGUGGUCUUCAUGGCUGAGGGCUUACCACACCGUGAUUGCUAUUGUUGGUCUGCAACUAUUAAUGGCACUGCUCCUUAGGAGCCUUUUCCCCAUGAAUGCCAUCAGACUUCUACUCUACGAGUACCGUUUCUGUCCCCAUCCGACCAUCGAGCACAUUCUCAUACUUUUUGAUUAUAUAUGCUUAGAUUUGUGUGUUUUUAUUUAUUCUUGAAGUUGCUUGAUGUUGGAAUUUCAUCUCUUCCUUACCAGGUAUUGAACUAUCCCAGUAAUUUAGCUUUUACUUGGCUUCUCCAGCCUUUUUUUCUCCAAGUUCCUUAUCUGUCUUGGGCCUACCACUUGGAACACACUUGAUCUUGUCUACUUACCUUGUCAAUAUGGAGCUAGGUAUGGUUGUGUCUGGUUAGUACUUGGAUGGAAGACCUGAGAAUGCUAGGUAUUCUAAGUCUUUUGAGGUGUUGGUAGGCUUUUUCUUAUACCAAAUGCAAAAUCUUUAUAUCGCCAUUGUUGUCAUUCUCAUCAUCACAGUGAAGGCUGGGAUUAAUUGAACACUUAUUUUGUGUUGGGCCUUGUGCUGAAUUACUUCUGUAUCUCAUAUCCUCUCCAAGAAAAUUCCUAUGAAGUAUAGAUGAAGCUGAAACUAGGAACUUAGAAAGGUUAAGUAAGUUGUUCAGGUUUAUAUAAUUAGUCAAGAGGCUGCACUAGAAUUUAGAUUCAAAUCUAUCUCAUUUUAGAGUUAGAGUUUUUAACCACUAUAUGUAAUAUUUUUGUUUGGUAGUUAAGUACUCUAUAAAUGUUGGUUGAAUGGCAAGAUUGCUCCAACAGUCCAGCUGUUCUCCAUGGUGUCACUAAUGAUGAUGAUGAUAGCACACAGCAUUUUUUGAAUGCUUGCAGUGGUAAGCUGUGUACUAAAAGAUAUGCAUCAGUUAACCCAUUUAAUCUUACAGCUCAGUGAGGAAGAUUACCCCCAUUUUGCUGAUUAGGAAACUGAGGCCAGAAAGGCCAAGGUAACUUGCCCAAGGUGACACAGCUGAAUAGUAUUAGGGGAAUUGGAUGCAAGCUAUCUCCUAAACUGUGUGAGUCUGUACUCUUUUUUUUGUUUUUUGAGA